AUGUACUAUGCGACCAAGAAUAAUUCGCUAUUUCCCAUGUCUCAGGAUUGGAUUUCAUUUUGGUCGCCAGUUUCUUUGUUCUCCAGAACUUCCGGAAAUAUGCAAGACGCGAUCGAUAGAUUGUACACUUUAUCUGUUAAACAAAUCCAAAUGGCUUAUGACAGUGGUUAUGAUGAUCUUAAAAAUCAGUACGGUGGUUCAUCCUCGUCUUCAAUAAGAUUUUUGACGCCACAUUCGGUGUCAUCGCAAUCACUGGGGUUUGGAACCAUUGGAGCCUUCAAAAAACAUAGUUAUGCAGAAAUUGAGUAUUGGGCGACUGGAAAGAACGGUAGAAGAUCGUUAAUUAGAGUGAAGGGAAGCUUGGAUUUUGGUAAUGUGGAGAAUAUUAGUAUAUACUGGGCACAUACGGGAGAAUAUCUCGAUAUACCGCUAGGAGGAUUCGAUAAUUAUCAGCAAUACAAAACAUCAAAACCACCAGAUAUAAUCGAAGCCGAAUAUCGCGAUAUAAAAAAAGACGAAUAA